AGUCACUCAAGCAUUCAAAAUCGCCUAAAGCUGCAUCACCUCUCUCUAAAUUCCUCUCCUUCCGAGUGAUUUAAUCGUCGACAUGGCUGGCUCCUUGGUCCUUAAGCUCUCAGGCAUGGUGCUGCUGUGUAUGGUGGUGGCUGCACCAGUUGCAGAGGCGGUCAUAACAUGUGGGCAGGUGGCUAGCAGCGUGGGGAGUUGCAUUGGCUACCUCAGGGGUACGGUUCCUACAGUCCCUCCAAGCUGCUGCAAUGGGGUCAAGAGCCUCAACAAAGCGGCCGCUACCACAGCUGACCGCCAGGCCGCCUGUGAGUGCCUGAAAAAGACCUCUGGUUCCAUCCCCGGACUCAACCCUGGUCUUGCUGCUGGCCUCCCAGGCAAAUGUGGUGUCAGUGUUCCUUACAAGAUCAGCACCUCCACUAACUGCAAAGCUGUGAAAUGAGGCCGACGGAGAAGAAAAUUUUCAGCCACAGGAUAUAAUUAAAGUAGCUAGCUAGCUUGAUGUGAAAUAAAUAAAUAAAAAUGGGUGUUUGGUCCAUGCAGUGAUGGGGGCUCCUCACGAGGGAGCCUCGUAUUUAUGUAAGAGUGCUGUUGCUGUUGUAUCGAUUACGAUAUGUGCUGUGUUAUUUUGUGUAAUAAAUAUAUCGAAAGUACGUACUAAACAAGAGCCUCCGUAUACCUACUUGCUUUAUA